AUGCAGCACUUGCCGGAUUUUCCUCCACUUCCCCAGUGUUUCAGUCACCUGGUUGUCUCCUCAGAUGGGGAGCCUCGGAGUUUACGAAGUCACAUUUCUUCAUCGCUGUCUAGAAGCUCCGGGAAAACGGAAGGAUUCGCCAAAUCAGAAUCAUUGGAUGAUUUUGAUCACUAUAUCAUGAAUGGUACUCGCAGCAGUUUGUCAUGUGUGAACCAUAUCAAUCCGGACAGUGAAGGACUGAUCAAUACUGGAAGUCUGUCGACUGUAAAGAGCCAGAUCGCUCGUUUCAACCAACGGAAUUUGUCGCCUCACCAGUCAGUUCCAAUCGUUGAAAACAGCGAUGUCAGCCCAGAGCAGAGGAAUCCCUUUUUAAAAUUGCAAACAUCGCUUCAGAAAUUGCAAAGGGAGAUGAAAGAUCUUCGAUACCUUGAUAUUUCAUUAUUUUGUCAGCUUCUGUCAUUGCACGAUGCUGUCCAGGACUUCAAGAAUACUGUUGCAGAUCGAUAUUCAGAAACUGGUUCGGAAUACUCCCUGGGAUCAGCAAGCUAUAUGGGAUCUAUGUCCAGUUUGAACGAUGACAGCGAGUGGGGAGAUGAUGGCACCACGUUUACCUUUUCUCACGAUCACCCAGAAAACUCUGAACUGGUUGAAGAAUCUGAAAACACUCAGAGUGCAUCGAGCCUCUUGAAGCAAAUCACUGAACUCGUGUUGAAAGCCGAUCAUGAUUUUUGA